AGAUUUUUUAUUUUUAUUCAAAAAAACAAUGUCAGUUUGUUUCUGAAUACUAUGUUUAACCUUUUGUUUUUCGUAUUAUGUCUUUGAACGAAAUUUCAACAACAAAUAUUCAGAAGUUCUAAUCAAAUAUGGUAGCACUCGGUGCUUUUCCGGCCGCCAAGCUUGGCGCUUUACUGUUGCGCCAAGUAAGUAAACCAAUCGCUAAUUUUGUUAAAGAACGAGCAAAACAAUCUCCAGUAUUUCGAUCGUAUGUUUGCAUGCCACCUGCUCAGUUUUACAAUUGGUGUGAAGUUAAAAUGAAAAUGUAUUUCAUGAAUCUUGGUACUGCUGGAAAGGUCAAACCUUUAAGUGAAACUAUGGCCAUCGAACUCGGAUCAAAUUUACUAGGCGAAGGUAUUAUAUUUGUUGUUGCUGCUGCCUUACUUUUAUUUGAAUAUAACAGACAAGUACGUAAAGAGCAAGCUAAAGAAGAUGUACGUUUACAAGAACAAGAAGAUUUAACCAAUGCUAUAAGGGAUUUAGAUUUAAUGACUGAACAACACAAUGCUGAAUUAAGACGUCUUACUUACCUGGUUGAUGAUUUAAUAUCUAAAGUUAAUAAUAAAUCAUACACUGGAUCUGAUAUCACCUCAGAACCACCAAAAAGUAGUAGUAGCAAAGUCGAUACCAAACGACAGGAACCCGAAUUGAAGAAACAAAUUUCUAACGAUAUAAAUGAAAAUUUAUUAUUUAAAAGCAUUAAAAUGUUAAUUCAAUCUAUUCAACAAGUUUGAAUAAAUUAGGUUUUUUUUUGUAGAAUCAUAUUAUUCAAAUUUUGUUAAACCUGAUUAAAGGGACUAAUAAUAAGCUCAUAAUAAAGUUACUUAUUAGAAA